AUGGGCGGGGUCAUUGGGGAAACGCGCGUUGAGGGCGUGUCCUGGGCGGGCCGAGAAGCCAAUGAGACGCUGGGGGCGAGUCGCGAGCGGGAGGCAAAGCCAAUGGGCUUUGGGGGCGUGGCCGGGGCGGAGCCCCCGGAUCAAUGGGUGCGGGGGUGGGGCCCGGUGUGGGUUGAUUGGCCCAGGCGGUACCGGACGGUACCGAGCCGUAGUGUGAUGGGGCUGCCGGAGGCCGUCCGAGACCGGGUGGCCGCGGUGCACCGGGGCUCGGCGCUGCCCGAACGGCUACGGCUUUACGACGGCUGGGCCGCCCGCUACGAGCAGGAUGUGGCAGCUCUGGAGUACCGGGCACCGCAUCUCGCCGCCGCCUCGCUCGCCUUCGCCUUCCCCUCGCCGCACGCGGAGGCGCGGCUGCUCGACGUGGCCUGUGGCACCGGGCUCGUGGCGCGAGAGCUCCACCGGCGCGGGUUCCGCUGCCUGCACGGCGUGGACGGCAGCGCGGGGAUGCUGGAGCGGGCACGGAGCACCGGGCUCUACCAGGAGCUGCGGCUCUGCGUCCUUGGCAGGGAUCCACUGCCCGCGCCCGCAGAGCACUACGACGCCGUGACACUGGUCGGGGCCCUGGGCGAGGGGCAGGUGCCGAGCACGGUGCUGCCGGAGCUCCUGCGGGUCACCAAGCCGGGCGGCUUCCUGUGCCUGACGACGAGGAGCAACCCCUCGAACCUGCGGUACAAGGCGGAGUUGGAGGCGGCGCUGGGGCAGCUGGAGCGGAGCGGAGCCUGGCAGAAGCUGCUGGCCCAGGAGGUGGAAUACUGGGAAAGGGCCGUCACCGAGGAGGAGAGCACCCAGAGCAACGGCUACAUCUCCGGGGUGGUCUACAUCUACCAGAAGUGCCCUGUCCCUCUCCUCGAGGAAGGCUGAGAGCUAGCAUGGCUCUGGAGGGGGCAUGAGCACUUGACCCCUUAUAAAACUGAGCCCAGUGACCCCGUCCUGCGGCAGGGCAGCUGCUGGAGGUGACAGUAUUUGAAGGGAAUUUCCCCAUUCCCUUCCUUGGUUCCUUCUCACCAAGGUCAGGGCUUGGGGCCCUUGUCUGCUCCUCUGCACGAGAAGGGUCUCCAGGAUUCACCAGGGUCACCUGGGCAUCACCUUCAGCUCUGACAUUCCGGUAUUGACCCCAACACCUCAGCACUCACCAUGACAUCUCACAGACUCACAUGGCUGUUCUGAGGCACAUCCAGUCUGAGAUGUAUUCUCCCCACCUCACCCAUCUCAGCACUCAUGGUCAAAAUCUGGAUCCUUCUUCAUCUCCCACCCCCAGAGUCUUUACCUGGCGACUGUUGGAGGUGGGUUCCCACCACUGUGUCCCGUGGCCUCCUAUACUUCAUCCUCCCUAGGGACUGACCCAGCCCUGAGGUGCAGGACCCUCCACAUCCAGAGUCAAAGCAGCAAGGCCAAGGUGGCUCCCAGCUGGACAGGCUUACACCAUAUCUACCUUUCAUCCCAUAACAGCUGCUUGAAUCUCUCAUUUUCCUACAGCUUUGUAUUUAAUGGUCUGGGAGGGGAAAUGAGUUUGGAAGGGAUUUGGGGAGGUAGUGAGUGCUCCCCACCCAACACUGCCUGCCCAGCCUGUUCCCCCAGCCCCUUGCUAGGCUGCCUCCACAAUUCUUCCUCCACUGCUCCCUUGGGAAGUUUUUUACCCAAAUUUCUUGCUGGAAUAUUUUGGGGUUGUUUUUUUCAUUUUUCCCUUCCCUCAGACCUGUUCCUGCUCAUCCUGUUCCCAUGUUCCUGGAGAACAGGUUGCAUCCUUCCCCUCAGGAGCUGUUUCUCAGUGUGAGGCAAUGGAUGUGUCUGUCCUUCACCCAGGGCAUCCCAUAUCUUCCACACUUGCCCUCUCCAUGGUUCUUGUCACCCUUCUGUUUUGUUGCCCGUGUUUUGGGGUCCCUGUACCCAUCAGCAGCUGUCCUACUGCUCCCUCCCCAUUUGUCUCCAACACUGUCUCCUGGGCAGCUGGGGGUUCUGGCUGUCCCCAGCCCUGCACUGGCCUCUUCAAUAAACUCCUGUCCCUGCUGUC